CAACGUGCGAGCACUCACAUUUUAGUUCUUCAACACACUCACCAGGGUGUGGCAAAGUAGUAAUCAUGAUGGCCAAUACAUAUGUUACAGGGUUAGACCUAAGGUCUGGCUGCAUUGUUUUCAUUUUUGUUUGUAAACUAGAUUUGUACUUUUAAUUAAACCUAAAAUAAACAACUAAAGGUAAAACGCCAAUGUUGCGUUGGCAAUUGUACUGGAAUAAUAGUCUAAAGUGGAUAUGUAAACUUGUAAACCUUUAUUUAUUUGGCUUUUGAAAAUAAUGUUAAAGUCAAAUAUAAUUAAUAGUUUAACGUUUUUCUCAUAAAAAGAUGCAACAAAUAAGCAAGAAUGUACUUAUUAAAACCCAGCUGAAAUAAUAAUCAUGUUGUUUUUUCAGUCAUAAGAACCAUUGAGAAAAAGCUGAACAUGGAGAGAAGCACUGAAGGUUUUGAAGCAUUUCAAAGUGGAAUAGUGAUUAAACAGGAACCAGUUGAGGACAUACAACAUGAGUUACAAAGUGAAGUUUCAGUUCAUGACAGACAACCAGUUGGUUUGAGAGCAAUUUCCACUUUUGUAGAAACUGGUAUUGAACCAAAUGCAGAGCUUAACCAGUCAAGGGAGGAAACUCAUGCGGAUGAUUUUUUUCAGAUAAAGACAGAGGUAUCAAAUGAGUUAUCUGAACUGAGGCAAAUACAUGAGAGGAGCAUUGAUGGUUUGACAUGUGAGAAAUCUAACUUUACUAGUGAUAUUUCCGAUAUAAAACCUGAUGUUGUGUUGCCACAAAGUAAUGAUUUGGAUGAAGAUUCAAUAAUUCUUACUGUUGGAGAGAGACAACUUGCAUUUAUGGGACACAACAAAUCUGAUGCUGAUUCAGAUAGUUCAAUUUUGGCUAAAAACUUUAAUUCAGAAGGGAAAUCAUAUGAGUGUCAUGUAUGUCAUAAAAUGUUCCAUUCUCAAAGUUAUUUAAAUGUACACACGAAAAUUCAUUCAGGAGAGAUGAUACUUGAAUGUGAAAUCUGUCAUAAAAAGUUAGCUACAAAACUUAGCUUGAAUAGACAUAGAAAAACUCAUCUAGAAGAGAGAUCACACGAGUGUGAUGUGUGCCUUAAAAAGUUUGCUUCUUAUAAUUAUUUAAUCAUUCAUAAAAAGUUACAUUCAGGUGAGUUGCUACAUGAAUGUGAAAUAUGCCAAAAAAAAUUUGUUACACAAAUGCGUUUAUUAAGGCAUAUUAAAACUCAUUCACAAGAUAAAACACUUGAAUGUGAUGAGUGUGGUAGAAUUGUUAAAAUGGAUUAUUUAACAAAGCAUAAAAAAAUAUAUCAUUCAGGAGAGAUGCCACAUGAAUGUGAAAUAUGUAAUAGAAGGUUUGCUUUAAAAUGUUAUUUAAAGGAACAUCAAACAUGUCAUUCAGAAAAGCUAUAUGAAUGUGAAAUAUGUCAUAAAAAGUUGGCUACAAGUGUGAGUUUAAAAAGGCAUAGAAAAACUCAUACAGGAGAAAGACCACAUGAGUGUGACCAGUGUGGUAAAAAGUUUUCUUCAAGUACUUAUUUAAAAGUGCAUAAAAAAGUUCAUUCAGGAGACUUGCCACAUGAAUGUGAUGUAUGUCAUAAAAAGUUUUUGAAACAAAUUUUUUUAGAAAGGCAUAGAAAAACCCAUUUUUUAGAAAGAUCACAUGGAUGUGAUGUGUGUGGGAGAAUGUUUACAGCAAUGAUAUAUUUAACACAACAUAAAAAAAUUCAUUCAGGAGAUAUGCCACAUGAGUGUGAUGUAUGCCAUGAAACAUAUGCUAACCAAUUUUGUUUAGAAAGGCACCAAAAAAUUCAUUCUGAAGAGAGGCCAUAUGAGUGUGAUGUGUGCCAUCAAAAAUAUCGCUCUAAGGAUUAUUUGACACGACAUAAACGCAUUCAUUUAGAGGAGAGACCAUAUGAAUGUGACGUAUGUUUGAAAAAGUUUGCCUUUAGAAGUAAUUUAAGAAAACAUAAAAAUAUUCAUUUAGGAGUUGAGCUAAUAGAAUGUGAUGUGUGUCUUGAAAAGUUUGCUCGUACUGAAUUCGCAAGACAUAAAGCUACUCAUUCCAAAUUUAGACCUCACGAGUGUAAAGUGUGUCAUGAAAAAUUUGCUACUUUCCUUUGUCUUGCAAGACAUAGAAAAAUACAUCCCGAUGAGCGUCCCAAAUCCUUUUUGUCAAGUUAUUUAAAACUAUAUAAAAACAUCCAUGCAGGAAAGAUGUUAUAUGAAUGUGUUGUGUGUCAUAAGAAAUGUUCAACAAUAACAGCUCUAAGGAGGCAUAAAAAGAGUCAUUUAGAAAAAAAAUCUCAUGAAUGUCAAGUGUGUGGUAAAAAAUUCUCUAGAGCUGAUUAUUUAGCAAAACAUAAAUCUAUUCAUACAGGAGACAUGGUACAUAAGUGUGAUGUUUGUCUUAAAAUCUUUGCCACAAAGCUUUCUUUAGUAAGACACAGGGAAACACAUUCUGCUGAGAGAGGACAAAAAUGUGAUGUUUGUCAUAAAAUAUUUGUUUCUAUGCGUUCUUUAAAACAACAUAAAAUCCUUCAUUCAGACGAGAGGCCGCAUCAGUGUGAUGUAUGUUUUAAAAAGUUUGCUUUCCGAAGAAGUUUAAUGGGACACUUAAAAAAACAUUCUGAAGAAGGCCUGCAUAAGUGUGAUGUAUGUAAUAAAACGUUUGCCACUAGCCAGUAUUUGGCACAACAUAAAAACAUUCAUUCAGGAAAGAGACCGUAUAAGUGUGAUAUUUGUCUUAAAACUUUCUCUUUUAAACAUAAUUUUAAUGAUCAUAAAAAAUUUCACUCUGGUGGAGGGUUUUAUGAGUGUGAUGUUUGUCAUAAAAAAUUAUCGUCUAGGAGUUCUUUGAAUCAACAUAUUAUUAUUCAUUCCGGAGAGAAGCCACAUGAGUGUGAUGUAUGUCUGAGAACUUUCUCUGUCAAAACGUAUUUAAUUAAACAUAAAAAAAAACAUCUUCGUGAGGAACUUCACAAGUGUGAUGAAUGUCCUAUCAAAUUUUCUAACAAGACUCUCUUAGCAAGACAUAAGAAAAUCCAUAAGUCGGAUACAUCAAUAAAAGUAUAUUAUGACUAUGAUGAUUCAUGUAACACAAAAGAAGACAAUUUAAUCAAAGUUGAAGCACCAUGAGUUUUUAGUUUAGGCCCCUAAUUAAAUAAUUUAAUUUUGAAAUAAUAUCCUUAAUUAGGGUAAGAAACACAAAGGAAGAUAACUUUAUUCAGUAUUUUGUUCUGUGAAAAAAAAGUUUGUUCAGUUUUAAUUUAACAUAAAAUUAACUUGAUCUUUGUAGGAAAGAAUUGAAAAAAAAAUGUUUAUGAGAAGUGUUUGUGUGGCAUGAAUAAUAUUUAUUGUUGCUGUUACUUGCUAGUACUAGUACAUUGACAUUAUAAUAGCCAGCAUAAAAAUAUGAUAUUUGAUUCCUUAAAAUUGUAUAUUUUUCUUUGGGCUUCUCAACCACUACUGUGCUGGUAUCCGAAAACAAUUUGUACCUAAAGACAAUAUUCAUUUAGACAUAAAAUUGCUUUCUAUAUUAUAAAAACCACCUGGGAAAUUUCUUAAUAGACUUAACUGUAAGCAAUAGGAUUGUAUUUCUUAAGUUAAAAUAUUUUGGAUAAAUUGAAACUGUUCAGAAGUUUAAUGAAGUAUUUAUCACAGUCUAAGAUUCAUUUGUCAAGUAAAAAUAUGGAAACUCUUAAGCAUACAAAUGUAACUGUUUUGUCACGAAAAUUUAAUUACUAAAAAAUCUUUUCAUGUUUAGAUUUAAAAUUUAAUGUUUUGUACAGAAUGUUUUGUGCUUAUAAGUUACUGGCUUGUUAAGCUCUGCACUGGCCAUAGUGAAAAACAUAUCUGUAAAAGACUGUGACUUGUGUGUUUAUUAAGCAGCAAAUGUUGGGUGCUGCUUGUGUUAGAGAUAUCAAUUUGUGCAAGCAUACACAAACACAGUCAAAUUUACAAACACAAAUUUGAAUUUGUUUUCUGUUGUUUUAAAUUUUGUUCAUCAUCUUUAAUAUAAUGUAAAUGGAAGUAAUUUGUAUAACUUUUCAGAUAGAACUAUGAUUUUUG